AUGGCUCUUGCUGAAGAUGCCUUGUCCACAGACUGCAAGUGCUACUGCAUUCCUGCUUCGCUGCAGAAGUCUGAGUUUGUAUUGCAUUGGAAGCAGAUGUUUUCCAUUUGGGUGUUCUUCUUUGUCACAGCUGGGGUGACGUACCACACACCGCCAGUCCUCCUUCCUGCAAUCAUGCAAGAGUUUCAUACAGACCAAUUUCACGUCUCAUGGCUUCCCUCCAUCUUCUAUCUUGUGAAGGGCAUUUUUACUAUUCCCGGCGGCUAUGCCGUGGACAGUUUGGGGUGUUCAACUUGCCUACGGGCAGGUGCGAUCGCUCUUGUGGUUUCUUCGGCCCUAUAUUCUGUGGCUCCGAGUUUGUGGUGCCUGGCUUGUCUUCAUGGCGUCUAUGGCCUCUGCUACGACCUCAGCGGCAUUGCCACCGGCACCGUCUUCCUGACGUCCUGGUUCGAGCAGCAAAGAGCACUCGCGAUCUCCGUCAUGGCAACGGCCUUUAGUAUGGCUGGUGUGUGCUUCCCGCCAGCCAUAGGGACACUUAUCCACGAUCAUGGUUGGCGAGUUGCCUCCAUGCUCGGCCCUUGCUUGACAGCCCUACUCGCUGUGCCUUUGUCCUGCUUGGUGCUCCGCGAUGGACCCCUCAGAUCUCGGGAGGAGCUCGGCCAGCUACAAAGUCUGCGAGGCGACAGGGAAGGCGACGACCACGAUCUGCCAAUGAGCUUCCAGCAGUGCCUUCGACUUGGUGUUGUCUGGUACAUUAUCAUGGCGUUGAUCAACAGCUUGGUUCUGUAUUUGCAGAAGGACGUGGGCAUGAGUGUGCAAGUCUGCAGCCUCUACACCUCGAUGGUAUUUCAAGCCUCAAGUGCUGGCAAGCUCAUCGCAGGUGCCGCUAUGGACUCAAGACAGAUCCUUACUGGUGCAGUGAGCUGCUUCCUGCUUGUGCUCGGCACGCUGCUGCCUUUGGAUUUCGCAUCCGGGGGCGUUGAGGUAACGUCCAACCACUCACAACUCCUGGCAUUUACCAUCAUUUAUGGGCUGGGUUUCGGGGCCUCUUACGCAGUGCUCAUGGCAAAGCCGGCCAAAAUGUUUGGCCAGCUGGCAGAGUUCAGCAAACUGCAGGGCUUUCUGAUGCUCUUUCAAGUCCUGGGCGGCUUCUGCGGCACACUCAUAACAGGAAAGCUGCGAUCUGCAACUGGGAGCUACGCAGCUGCUUUCCAUGUGUUCAUCGCCAUGGCGUCAGUGACUUGCUUCAACUACGUGGCUGUAGAGAUGUCGAAGACCUCCAGGAGAUUGAGACAAGUCUGA